GUUUCUGUUAAACUUUGGCACUGUUAGUUUUUACCUUGGCUACAAUGCAAUGCAGGACUUUUUCCCUACCAUGUCCAUGAAGCCAAAUCCGCAGUGUGAUGACAGAAAUUGCAGGAGGCAGCAGGAGGAGUAUAAGAAAAAGGUAGCCGCACUGCCCAAGGAGGAGGCUGUUCCCGAGGAGGAAGAGAUAGUGCACGAGGACAACGAGUGGGGUAUUGAGCUUGUAUCUGAGGUUUCAGAAGAGGAGUUGAAAAAUUCUUCAGGUCCAGUUCCUGACUUACCUGAAGGAAUUACAGUGGCAUAUACCAUUCCCAAAAAGAAAGAAGACUCUGUACCUGAAGUAACAGUGGAAGAUUCUGGUGAAAGCCUGGAAGACCUCAUGGCCAAGAUGAAGAAUAUAUAGAUAAUGGACUGGUGUAUUUUAUUUUCUAUGCUUAAGCUAUUCCUUUAAAAUUAAAAAGUCAAAACUAAUAAAACUUAGGGCAACAUUAGUUGAUGUAUAUUUGUUCACUGAAUUGUUGUACAUUAUGAAAAUACUGGCUAGUACUUACUGCUCCUCUCCAACUAAAUAACUCUCCUAAAGCCUAUGAAUUAAACACACUGCAGCAUUUACCAGUGUUAAUGAAGCUACAGCAUUGAAAUGGCUUGGUCUUUGGAGGGAGGGAAGGACCAACUGGAUCCUAUACUUUUUCUUUCCAGUUGUCCCUUUUGGUCUGCUGCCUGAGGACUUGAACAUACAGUAGUACAAACACAGGGUGAGGGUCAAGAAGUACAAGCUGUUGGUUACAGCUAGCAAGUAUCCCCUCUUUGUGCUUGGAAUUGAUUCCUGCAAAAAAAUUGCCCACUGCUGCUAACUUGACCAACAAUGACUUUAAAUAGUUAACCUAUAAAAUAAAAACAUCCUCUCAGAUGUUUUUUGAAGCACAGCCUGGAGUGUUGUCAUUGGAAAAGUUUGUAAACCUAUGAAUUAAAUUCUUAAAAUAAGACAAAGGCAGAUAAAAGAACACUGUCAUCAUAGGUAGACAGAUAAAGGUACUUUCAGGAAGUAUAAGUUACAUU